CUGAUCAACAACCAGAAGCAACAACCAGCAUUUUCCAGAAACUGUGCUCGUAACCAGGAAGUGUUCAAGUGUCAUAUGAUUGUAGAAAAAUGGCUGCGGUGCAGUGGCGUUCCUGCAUGCGCAACUAUGAGGCAGAGCUGCAGAGAUGUCGACCUGAAGGUGCUCUGGUCGAGUUUGGAGACUAUCACCCCCUCAAACCCAUCAUGGUGACAGACACAAAGACCCGGCGUGGGGCUCGUAAAGGCAGCACCUCCUCGUCCUCCUCGUCUUCCUCCUGCGCGCCUGCAGAUCCCCUCAGCUCCAUGCUGGACGGGACCGACCCCCUCUCGAUGUUUGCUGCAGCCUCGGCCACUGAGGCCCCCGUCAUGUCACACAGCGCCUCCACAGGGGACCUUGGGAGGAAGAGGAAGGAGAAGGAUGAAGAGGUGGUGGGACACGACUUUGAGUCCUGGUCGACAAAACGAGGAGAGAUCUUGGCAAGGUUCACCACCACUGAGAAACUCUCAAUAAAUCUUUUCAUGGGUUCUGAUAGAGGUAAAGCUCCGAGUCCGGGAUCGUCAGCUGUUUCAGAGAAAGUUCGAACUCGCCUGGAGGAGCUGGAUGAUCUUGAGGAAGGUUCCCAGAGAGAGCUGCUGAACCUCUCCCAGCAGGAUUACGCCAACCGCAUCGAGGAGCUGAACCAGUCCCUGAAGGAGGCCUGGGCCUCCGACCAGAAAGUCAAAGCCCUGAAGAUCGUUAUCCAGUGCUCCAAGCUUCUGUCGGACACCUCGGUGAUCCAGUUCUACCCCAGCAAGUUUGUCCUCAUCACCGACAUCCUGGACACUUUUGGCCGGCUGGUGUACGAUAGAAUCUGGACCAUGUGCUCAGACCCGAGACCCUUACCAGAGUCGUUCACAGUGGACGAUGUCAACGACACCGCCAAGGAGACCUGCCUCAACUGGUUCUUCAAGAUCGCCUCCAUCAGAGAGCUUCUGCCCCGGCUAUAUGUCGAAGCUGCCAUUCUUAAGUGCAACCGCUUCCUGAACAAAUCUGGUAUUCCGGAGACUCUCCCUCGGCUGACGGCCAUGAUCAGAGGAAUCGGAGACCCACUGGUGGCAGCGUACACCAGAGCGUACCUCUGCAGGGUGGGCAUGGAGGUGGCCCCCCAGCUGAAAGACAGCCUGAACCGCAACUUCUUCGACCUGCUCGGGACCUUCCGGCAGGUCAGCGGGGAGAGCGUGCAGAACCAGCUGGUCCAGCAGAGGGUGGAGGUGCCCGAGUACUUGACACUUUAUUCCCCCGCCAUCAACUGGAUCCUGCAGUGCAUCGCCUACCGAGCUCCAGAGGUUUUGCUGACAGAAAUGAUGGAGCGAUGCAAAAAGCUGGGCAACAAUGCCUUGCUGCUGAAUUCAGUCAUGAGGGCGUUCAGGCCGGAGUUUGUUGCGGCGAGAGCCACCGACUUCAUCAGUAUGAUCAAAGACUGUGACGAGGCCGGAUUCCCAAAGCAUCUGUUGUUCGGGUCACUGGGUCGCAGUCUGGCUUGUGCCGACCCUCCAGAAUCGGAGAGACUGACGAUCCUGAACGAAGCCUGGAAAGUGGUCACCAAAGUCCGCAGUCCUCAGGAUUACAUCAACUGUGCUGAGAUCUGGGUGGAGUUCACCUGCCGACACUUCACAAAACGUGAGGUCAACACCGUCCUGGCUGACAUCAUCAAACACAUGACCCCUGACCGGGCGUUUGAGGACGCUUAUCCUCAGCUGCAGUCAGUGAUCAGGAAGAUCCUCACCUACUUCAACGACUUCUCCGUCCUCUUCUCCAUGGAGCGUUUCUUACCUUUUUUAGACAUGUUCCAGAAAGACAGUGUGAGGGUGGAGGUCUGCAGAUCCAUCAUGGAGGUCUUCAUCAAACAUCAGAUGGAGCCCACCAGAGACCCCGUCAUCCUCAACGCCAUGUUGCACAUCUGCAAGACCAUGCACGACUCUGUCAACGCUCUCACUCUGGAGGACGAGAAAAGAUCUUUGGCUGUGCUGAUCAUCGGCUUCAUCCGCAUGGUUUCUUUCGGCCGUGACUUUGAGCAGCAGCUGAGUUUCUGUGUGGAGGCCAGAGCCACCUUCUGUAACCUGGAGUCCGUGCUGGUGCAGCUCAUUCAUACGGUGAACCAGUUGGCCAUGGAGACGAGUCGGGUGAUGAAAGGGAGUCACUCCCGCAAAACCGCCGCCUUUGUCAGGGCGUGUGCUGCGUACAGCUUCAUCACCAUCCCGUCUCUCAGCAGCAUCUUCAGUCGCCUCAGCCUCUACCUGCUGUCCGGCCAGGUCGCACUCGCCAACCAGUGUCUCUCUCAGGCGGAUGCUUUCCUCAAAGCAGCGGUCGGUAUUCUCCCGGAGGUUCCUCGCUCCAUCAGUGUGGAGGGAAAACUUCGUUCUUCCGAGAACUUCCUGUUAGACUUCAUCAACAACUUUCUGUCUACACUGCUCGUCGUUCCGGACCAUCCUGAGCAUGGCGUGCUCUACCUGGUCCGAGGUCUGCUCAACAUGGUCCAGGAUUACACCUGGGAGGACAGCAGCGACGCCAAGGUGCGCGUCUACGUCAGUGCUCUGCCGCUGCUGGCCGCCAUGAGCCAGGAAGCCUACCUCUACUCCAUCCCUAAAGUUGACUCCAACGAGACCCUUUAUGGAGGUGAUCCCAAGUUUCUAUCAGAGAUCAACAAGCUGUGUGAGACUCUCAUCGGACAGAUCCUGGACCACAUGAAGGCCCUCGGUCGGGAUGAGCAGAGCACACGGCGUCAAGGCGCUCUGGCCUUCUCCCUGUUCGGCGUCCUGCUCGCUCACGGUGAUCUGAGGAACAACAAGCUGAGCCAGCUGUCUGUCAACCUGUGGAAUCUGGGCCACAAACAUGGAUACUGUGAGACGCGGGUCUCAGUCCGCACUCUGGAGUACAUCAAGCACCAGGCUCAGCAGCCCGACAUGAAUCACCUGACAGAGACGGUCCAGAGGCUGGCGCUGCAGUCCCGCACCUGAGUGUAAACCUCGACAGCGUUUGUGAAAAGUUUGUGCAACAAGUGCAAACAAGUCAAAGCAUUACAGAAGAAAAGGAAUGCCUUAAUGUAUUAUGUAUAUAUAAUGAAUUCUUCUGAUAGGACAGUGUGUGAACAUCUGAAGAGAUGUGAGUUGUUAAAAAAUAAGAACCAUAUUGCUUCUCAAAGACCGAUCUGCUCUUUUUCCAAAAUUCCUUUUUUUGUGAUUUACAAGCCUUUGAAAAACAACUAAUGAAAGCUCCUGUGAGCUGUUUCAUCUGGUUAUGAAACAGACUAUAAUUGGUAUUGAGGCCUCUUCAUGAUGAACCAGAUGGAUAAUUUCUAUAAAACUAAUUGAAACGCUUGUCACCAUUGCUGAGGGGUCGUUGUCAGACCAAGUGAGUUACAGCACACUGCAGAAACAAACUUUGUUUAGAUUUUCCUCAGCAAAGAUUUGCAGCGAGUUAUAAGAUUGACUUUAAAAAAUAAAACAGCUGGAUGAGAUUUUUCGUCAGGAAACACUACCUACACAUGCACAAGAAGAAAAUCAUCAAGAGAUAAAAGGUACUGCUUUGUCCAAAAUGAAUACAAGGAGAAAAUUCUCACUAGUUUUGUUCAUUACUUCUGUUUAUUGUCAAUAUUUCACACAUUAAAUAAAAGUAAGUAGCAAAACCCUUCGAUGGAUCAUCCAAUAGUUAAGAGGGUGCAAAGAUACAAUCAGGACAUGAUUCUGGAUGAUUUCUGGACUUUAGUAACAUCUGGUGUCACAGUCUAACAUCUUAAUAUAUCCCGUCUGUUCUCGACAAUGCUCUGUAACGUAGUGUUGUGAAUACAGUUAACAUAGCAUUAUUGUUGAAGUAUCAUUUUCUUAACAUGCUGAAUUUGUAGAAAUAAAUGUUCUGCUUUGUAUUUAAUACCAA